UCAUGCUGCUGCCAGGUCCAGAGUCUCUCAUGGGUCCCUGUACGGCCUCCCAUUGCUGCUGUCUCCAUCGCCACACUCUGCCAUGUGCCACUUUCAGGUCUCCUCACACUGCUGGUGUGUUGAAUUUUUUGACAUAGGGUGCUGGCAGAUUACGGGCCUCCCAUAGCUGCUGCCAGGCCCCUAAUCUAAUCUGCCAUGGGCCCCCCUAUAUACCGCCUCCUCAUGCUGCUGCCAAGUCCAGAGUCUCUCAUGGGUCCCUGUACGGCCUCCCAUUGCUGCUGUCUCCAUCGCCACACUCUGCCAUGUGCCACUUUCAGGUCUCCUCACACACUGCUGGUGUGUUGAAUUUUUUGAC